UGGAAGACGAGUGUUUAGGAGAAGAUAUAUGACGAUGUAAUGCUUUGAGUAGUCAUGUUUGUUCUUAGAACUUCUGUAGUAAAUAAACAUUAUUCACAUCAAACUCUGAAGACUUGCUUGAAGACUCUUUCUUGAGAACUUUUGUAAGGCUCCUUUGAUGCAGAAUUGAUUUUUGACUGCAUGUUUGACAAAGCUGCCUGAUCAUCACUGGCCCUUAUCAGGUAGGCUGAGUCACAACCAGACGACUAGAGGACUUAACCGAUCUGCACAACUUCAGCAGGAACAAACAUGGCCUCAGAUACCAUGACGGUGGCGGCUCUUAGUCGACCUUUCACUCUCGGGAUGUUCUACAAUGCUGUGAAAGACGAACUGAUUCCAGGUCUCACACUAUGGGAUGCCAAAACUCUAAAAGACAACACAGGUGAGAACUCUCAGCACAGCAGUGACUUUCAGAUUUCUACCUCCGACACCACUCAGUCCAAGUCCUCUCUGCUGAAUAUUGAGGCUUCUUUGAAAGCCAGUUUCUUGGCUGGACUGGUGGAAGUCGAAGGAUCCGCCAAGUAUCUGAACGAUCAGAAGAGGUUCAAGAAUCAGAGCAGAGUGACUUUUCAGUACCAUGCCACCACCAACUUCAAACAACUGAACAUGGCUGACCUCGGCACUCUGGACAAAGAGCAGCAAAGUAUUAUUAAGAGAAGCUCGGCCACACAUGUGGUCACCGGCAUCCUUUAUGGGGCGAAUGCUUUCUUUGUAUUUGACAGCGAGAAGGUAGAAGCUGAUAGCGUUCAGGAAAUGGAGGGCAGCAUGCGGGCUUUGAUAAAGAAGAUUCCUGCUUUUGAUGUUGAGGGGAAAGUUGACUUGAAGCUGACUGAUGAAGAAAAAGCCCUGACUCAGAAAUUCUCUUGUAAAUUCUACGGAGACUUCAUCCUUGAAAGCAACCCUUCAACCUUCGAAGAGGCGGUGAACGCUUAUGUAGGACUGCCAAAGCUGCUGGGAGAAGAAGGGGAAAACUCUGUUCCACUUAAGGUCUGGCUGGUGCCGCUGAAGUAUUUGGAUCCUGAAGUUCCUGAGCUGAUAAACGAGAUCAGCAUCGGGUUGGUGAUUGAAAUUGAAGAUGUCCUGGAUGACCUGAGGCGGAUGGAAGCCAGAUGCAAUGAUUCCCUGGUCGAGGGAGUGGUGGGGGAUUUUCCAUGUCUUCAAGAAGUGUUGACACGUUUCCAAAAGCUGUGCAGUUAUUACAGAGCUGAUCUCCAGAAGACCAUGGUGAAGAUCCUACCAUCCAUCCGCGAAGGCAAAGAGGACGAGAGCUCGCUGAGACGAAUCAUUGAGGAGAGAGAAAAAUCACCGUUCAGUCAUGAAAAACUAAGCAAGUGGCUGGACUGCAAAGAGAGGGAGGUCAAUGUAGUCUGGGCUUGUGUGGAGAUAAUACCAGACAUAAAGUUUGUCGCAAAUCAGACAGAGCUGGAAAGAGAGGUUCUCGCACCUUUGGCAGUUUUCAGUUUCUGCUUCAUUUUCACCUCUCUGGAAACUGCUGACCCCUGCCUGGACAACAUGAGAAACUACCUGGAUGGAGAGAAGUCAGGAAGCUCAGAGCCGACGUACAUCUCAGAUGAUGUUCUGAACCAAAUGACAGACAAGGCUUAUACUUUCAAAAAGGUUGAAAAUGAUCUUAAAGGUCCGAAGGUUAAAUUCUUUGUAGCAGCCAUCUUAAACAAGAAGUUCCCAGGAGCAUCCGUCUACGAAUACAUUGGGGGCAACCUGGUCGAUGAAAACUAUCAGCCUCAUUAGACCAGUAGUUUAUCUUUUUGAGCAAACGUUGAGUCAUUUAGGACACAAUCACAGUCCUAAUGUUGAACCAAUUUGGAACAAAAUUUCUCUUUUUGGACAGUUUUUGUCCUAAUUCAGAAACAAUUUUUUUUUUAGUUGUUUUGAACGAAUUCUGAGUCAAUUUCAACAAGCUAUGAGUCAUUUUGGACACUUGAAGGAGUUCCCAGAGAUAUUGAGCACUUGUUGGCACCUUUACCUUCGCUCUGCGGUCCAUCUCAUCCCAAACCAUCUGGACUGGGUUUAAGUCAAGUGACUGUGGAGGCCAGGUCAUCUGACGCAGCACUCCAUCACUCUCCUUCUUGGUCAAAUAGUCCCUCCACAGACUGGAGGUGUGUGGGGUCAUUGUCCUGUUGAAAAAUAAAUGGUGGUCCAACUAAAUGCAAAGCAUUAUGGGAUGGCAGGAUGCUGUGGUUGCCAUGCUGGUUCAGCAAGCCUUCAAUUUGGAAUAAAUCCCCAACAGUGUCACCAGCAAAGUGCCAUCACACCUCCUCCUCCAUGCUUCAAGGUGGGAAUCAUGCAUGUAGAGACCAUCCGUUCACCUUUACUACGUCGCACAAAGACACAGCGGGUGGUACCAAAGAUCUCAAAUUUUGACUCAUCAGACCAAAGCACAAAUUUCCACUAGUCUAAUGUCCAUUCCUUGUGUUUCUUGACCCAAACUAAUCUCUUCUGCUUGUUGCUUUUCCUUAGUAGUGGUUUCUUAGCAGCUAUUUGACCAUAAAGGCCUGAUUGGUUCAGUCUGCUCUGAACAGUUGAUGUAAAGGUGUGUCUGCUGUUAGAACUCUGUGUGGCAUUUAUCUGGGCUCUAAUCUGAGCUGCUGUUAACUUCAUAUUUCUGAGGCUGGUGACUUGAUGAACUUCUCCUCAGCAGCAGAGGUGACUCUUGGUCUUCCUUUCCUGAGGCGGUCCUCAUGUGAGCCAGUUUCGUCGUAGCACUUGAUGGUUUUUGCGACUGCGCUUGGCGAUACAUUCAGAGUUUUUGCAAUUUUUCGGACUAACUGACCUUCAGUUCUAAAAGUAAUGAUGGACUGUCGUUUCUGUUUACCUAGCUGAUUGGUUCUGGCCAUAAUAUGGAUUCUAACAGUUGUCAAACAGGGCUGUCAACCGUUUGUUCUUUCUUUGAGCAAGAAGUUGAAUAAAGUAAAAAAUCUGAACUC